UUUAGUUGUUAAACAAAAUAAACAAAACUCGGUAGGUAACAAAUAACAAUAUUGAACACCUACCUACCUAUUCCACGGACAUUGUAGUCACUAGACAGUAGACAGUCUCCUCUCGGCGGUCACUAGUCAGUAGUCGCCAGUCUGUCGUACCUAAAAUAUUAUUGUUUGGCUUCGAACUUCGAAGGAUUUCUUGUGGGGCGUACAUAGGUACUUGUAACGUUUUAUUCCCGGGACGACGACGUGCCUAUAGAAGAAGCUAUUUCAAGCUCUUGAAAUGGCGACUAGAUUGUGUUCAAAAUGUAUACAAUCCAAACUGUACACUAAUUAUUUAAAUUUAUCAAGAAACUUGAGUGUGUUGACCCAUGGCCAUCACAAAAGAGACACUGUUCACCAACGUAAUUUCCAGACGUCGCCUAGUUAUUGGAAUGUAGAAAACUCAGGAACAGGACGCAAGGGUGAUAAUACAGGUCAUACGGGAAUCGUUUGUCCAAAGUGCACAACUGCCAAUUUAGAGUUCUUUUUAACUUCUAAUCGAUUUUUGAGAUGUCAGCGAUGUUAUCAUAUAUUCAAAGUAAUUUCUGCUGAAGAAAAUAAUUUAAAAGAUGUAACAGAAGAACAAAAUAAAUAUAAACCACCACCAAUUCCAAAAGAAAUUUUUGUGAACCUUAAUAAGUAUGUGAUUGGUCAAGACUUAGCUAAAAAAGUGUUAGCUGUGGCAGUUUACAAUCAUUGUAAACGUAUUAUUCAUAAUAUUACAACACCAAAAAAGAAUGAUGUGAUUGAUCAACGGUUACUAGAUAAUUUACAAAAUUCAAGAGAGAAUUUAUCUAACAACCAUAUAUUUGGAAUGCCACAAAUGGAUAGUACAAAAAACAAUCAAGACGAAAUUAAAAUUACUUCAAUAUUUGAAGAUACACUGUUAGAAAAGAGUAACAUUAUAUUGUUGGGGCCUACAGGAUGUGGAAAAACAUUAUUGGCUCAAACAAUAGCUAAGCAAUUAGAUGUACCAUUUGCAAUUUGUGAUUGUACUAAUUUGACACAAGCUGGUUAUGUGGGAGAAGAUAUUGAAAGUGUAAUUGGAAAACUCCUACAAGCCGCUAAUUAUGAUGUUGAAAAAGCUCAAACUGGUAUUAUUUUCUUGGAUGAAAUUGAUAAAAUCGGUGCAGUGCCCGGAAUUCAUCAAUUGAGGGAUGUUGGAGGUGAAGGAGUCCAACAGGGAAUGUUGAAAAUGUUGGAAGGUACUGUUGUUAAUGUACCAGAAAAAAAUACCAGAAAACUUCGAAAUGAAACAGUUCAAGUUGAUACUACUAAUAUCCUGUUUGUUGCUUCUGGCGCAUUUACUGGUCUUGAUAGACUUAUAAGUCGCAGGACAAACCAAAACAGUCUGGGAUUUGGAGCAGAAAUUAAUAAUGAAAUGGGAAGUAGUAGAGCUGCUGCUGAAGCCGACCGUGUUGCUUCAACAACUUCAUACACUGAUAUUGAAAAGGAAAAUGCUGAACGAGAUGGACUAUUAAAAAAAGUUGAACCAAGAGAUUUAAUUCAAUUUGGAAUGAUACCUGAGUUUGUGGGAAGGUUUCCAGUUUUAGUUCCAUUCCACUCUUUAAAUAGAAACUUGCUUGUACGAAUUCUUACCGAGCCAAAAAAUAGUACAGUUAAACAAUUCAAAUUACUGUUUGGAUUAGACAAAGUUGAAUUAACAUUCACGGAUGAAGCACUUAGAGCGAUUGCCUCACAAGCCCUAGAAAAAAAAACAGGUGCUCGAGGAUUACGAGCAAUUGUGGAAUCCAUUUUGUUGGACCCAAUGUUUGAAAUACCUGGAUCUGAUGUAGUUAGUGUUCAUGUCACUGAAGAUGCAGUCAAUGGAAAAAUGAAUCCACAUUGUAUAAGAGGCCGUCCAAUUGAUGAAGGAGAAGCCAAAAUGGAUACAAGAGCUAAAGUUGAAUGAAUUAACAUUGUUUUUAAAAAUGUAUAUUAAAUAUUGUCAAAAACUACUAAAGUUUGUUAAAAAAUGAUAAAAACCUUCAUUCUAGAAACAUCUAUUUCUUGUUAAAUUAAUUUUGUUUAUUUAUCAUUAAAUUAUUUUAAUAUUUAGGUUUAAAAUGUUCUGUAAAUUGCAUUAUAAGAUUAUAGGUACAUAGUUUAUGUAUUAUUUGUGAUACUAUAUGAGAUAUAAGUAUUCAUAAAUAAAUCAAUUCUUAACAAUAAUAUUUAUUAUUAUUUUCUUUAGAAUAUUUAGUUAUAUUAUUAAAUAUCGACUUAUUUUUGGAUAUGUCAUAACCAUCGAUUCAUAUUAGGUAUGUUGUAUACUUGUGUCACUGAUUAUAAUUUAUAAAUAAUAUUUACAAUAUUUAUAAUCAAUGGUUGUAUGUAUAGUUAUUAUUAUUAUGCAAUAUUAAUAUUUAUUGAAUUUUAAAAAUAAAUAAUUUUUUUUCAAAGG